AAAUUUACAUCAAUAUACAGUAGCUACAGAAAUACAAAAGAUUAUUUCUUCAAUAAAGUCUUUCGUAAUUAAUUUAAAAAAAUUGUAUAUUUUGUUUUGGUUUUUAGAGAAGUUAACUGUAAAAAGUGUGACAGUAGCUUGUUUAAUGUAAUUUGUCAUUUACUUAUGGAAUAAAGCGAAAAUGCAUAGACGCAGGGGGCCAAAUUUUACGUACGUUAGUAGUUGUGUGAAAUAUAUGAUUUUUGUCCUGAAUUUUAUAUUUUGGUUAUUUGGAGGACUGCUGGUUGGUGUAGGUUUAUAUGCAUUUAUUGACAAAUGGCAGGCCACUGGACUUAUCAAGUUGGACACAGUGUACGAUGUAAUGCUGAACAUCAGUCUUCUGAUUGCUCUUCUCGGUGGCGUAGUUUUUAUAGUCAGCUUUGCCGGAUGCGUCGGCGCUCUGAGGGAGAAUACGUGUCUACUUAAAUUUUACUCGCUAUGUCUCCUGAUAUUGUUCCUGGUGGAGAUGGCUGGCGCCGUGUGCGGGUUUGUGUUCCCGCGCUCGCUGCACGGUCUACUUGAGCUGAGCUUCACGGAGCGAGUGGUACACGCUUACAGAGACGACCCGGACCUACAGAACUUCAUCGACUUCGCACAAAGCGAUUUCCACUGCUGUGGUCUCACGUCGGAUGGUUACAUGGACUGGUCGAAAAACGAGUACUUCAACUGUUCCUCGCCGUCAGUGGAGCGGUGCGGUGUACCGUUCUCAUGCUGUAUCAACGCAACUGACAUCUCCUCGGGGCUGGUCAACAUCAUGUGCGGCUAUGGAGUGCAGAACUUCCCCGUUGCAGAAGCGAGCAAGCGUGUGUGGACGAGCGGAUGUAUAGAAAUUGUUCGCUCGUGGGCGGAAAGGAACCUGUAUACCAUUGCAUCAGUGGCGCUGGGCGUUGCUCUCUCGCAGCUCUUCGUCAUAUAUCUCGCUAAAACACUCGAAGGGCAGAUUGAAUUACAGAAAGCUAGAUAUGAACUCGUCUCUAGGUGGCAAACAUGAAACAGGGGUACCGCGGGCGCGUACCGCGGAGACUGUCGGCGUGCGCUCCUGUAGCAGCACGCCCCCACUCUCGCCACGCUCGCCACGCCCGCCACGCCGAUCACGCCUGCCACGUUCGCCACACCCGCAGCUCAUCACAUCUGAUCGUGCCAUCACAGUGGCCACAGGCCAGUAUCCAUUAUCGACUGUGGUAAUUAUCUGUGGAACUCUGUAUAAAUGUUUAUAUUGUAGAUUAGUUUAGUAUAUAUAUGUGUGUAUUAAAUGUGUAUGGUAAAUACGUAUACCAUUAAUAGGCCCAUCUUAGCAAUCUCGCAUGUUUAUGAUCUCGUUUCUUAUAUUAUAUAUACAUUUUAUAUGUGUAAUAUUUCAAAAGAAAAUGAAAUUACGAAUGUUUAUUUGCGCCAUCACGCACAAAAGAGUAAACACAGAAAAUAGUAAAUUACAAUCUAACAUGUUGCGCGCGCUGGCUUUCACGCGCUAAAUAGCGCGCACUCCUGAUCGCGCGUCAAAGAUCGUACGUGUUGAUUAAAGUUUGGUUGCAACAAACAAUUAGAAGCCUAAUCGCUUUAAGGGGUUUCUAAAAGAUCUCAUUUAGUAAAUAAAUUACUGCAUGGAAGGAAACGCUUAGUGUGAUGCGAUAUCGAGUACAGAUUUUGUACCUCUUAUAACCGACUAUGACUUAGUGAUAGGUAUGCCAUUGAACUAAACCUUUAAAAGAUUGAUUAAUUUUGUCAAAAUUUAUCAUUAUAUUUACAACUUGCCAGACUUACUAAAGAUGGGCGGGCGGAUCUGUUUUAAAAUCGGGCAUUUAUGACCCAUAAUGUAUACAUUUUCAUUGUAUUUACGUGUUAGGCUUUUAGGUAUUACGCUAGCCUGCUAGCUAUAUUAUCUACCUUUAAUCACCAUAUAUUUAUAUUAGAUAUUAGUUAUUAGUAACACUCAAUAAGAAAUCAUGUAUAAAUUAUAUGCCAAUUUUAUUUGUGAUAAGUUGAUUAUAAAUUAUGUACUGAAUUUAGAUAUAUAAUAUAAUAAUAUUAAACAGUCAUUUAUCUCAUAAUAAUUAUAAAUAAAAAAAGCGUGACUUUUUCACAAAGAACAAAAUGUUGCUAGUGAGUGAGAACAACUUGAGAAUAAAUUUACAUGCUUUAUCUGUCUAACGGAGUGUUAAUACGCUCAUAUGAUAAUAGUUCUAAUGUUCAUAAAAUAUGGUUGAUUUUGCAUUGUGACAUAAUAUAAGAAUUCUUUUACACUUUGAUAAAUCACUUUCAAUAUGUACGCUUUUUUUGAAGCAACAAAUUUCUAAUAUAACAAAAACUAAAU